AUGGACAUUUGUGUAGGGGGGGGGGGGGGGGUGUGCUAUGCGAGGAAUGCCGCCGCAUGUUGUAACUGGAACCCCACGAAAGAGUGCGUCCUCCUGGGGACAGUUCCAAAGCGCGACGCCCGGCCCCUCCAUCACUCACCCACAAUGUGGCUUUCUGCCCCAAGACACCACUUUACUACGUCUGGGUUUUUUCAGAGAGUUCCACUGUCUGUGCUGACGCCGGAGCUCCUGCCUCGGCUUGUCUUCACUGUACCUCACGUCACCGUAAAUCUUGCAAAACCUCCACAAGACGCCACGGUCGAGCUGCUGGGUUCCACCAAGAGGCUGAACGUGAACUACCAGGAUGCAGAUGGCUUCUCAGCCCUGCACCACGCUGCCCUCACUGGGACCUUGGAGCUGCUGUCCCUGCUGCUGGAGGCCCAGGCCACGGUGGACAUCAAGGACAUCAACGGCAUGCGCCCGCUGCACUACGCCGCGUGGCAGGGAAAAGCCGACUCUGUGCUGCUGCUCCUGCGCUCCGGGGCCGCGGUCAACUCCCUUUCACUGGACGGGCAGAUCCCCUUACACCUGUCGGCUCAGUACGGACACUACGAGGUGUCGGAGAUGUUACUACAGCACCAGUCCAACCCCUGUCUGCGCAACAAGGCCAAGAAGACGCCCCUGGACCUGGCCUGCGAGUUCGGACGCUUAAAGGUGGCCCAGCUGUUGCUCAGCAGUAACAUGGUGACAGCUCUACUCGAGGGAGAAGGCGGCCAUGACAGUUUAGAGCCCCCCGCUACCACCCCUCUCCACCUGGCGGCCCGCAACGGACACAAGGACGUCAUCAAGCUUCUGCUCCAAGCCGGGAUCGACAUAAAUCGAAGCACCAAAGCAGGAACGUCGCUGCAUGAGUCCGCCCUCUACGGGAAGACGGAGGUGGUACGCCUGCUGCUGGAUGCUGGCAUCAACGUCAACGUGCGCAACACCUACAACCAAACAGCCCUGGACAUCGUCAACCAGUUCACCACAACCAGCGCCAGUCGAGAGAUCAAGCAGCUGCUGCGGGAGGCGUCCAGCUCCAUGCAGGUGCGAGCGGUGAAGGACUACUGGAACCUGCACGAUCCCACGGCCCUCAACCUCCGAGCGGGGGACAUUGUCAUGGUCCUGGAGCAGCCCUCGGACGGCCGCUGGAAAGGCCACAUCCAUGACCCUCAGCGUGGGACAGACCGAGUGGGCUUCUUCCCCCCCUCUGUGGUGGAGGUGCUGAGGUCCCGAGGGACAGGGGCCACACUGUCCCGUCACGCCUCCCUGCCCUCCCCGAGAGCCCCCCAGCCCGAGCAGCUGUACCCAGGCGCAUGUGACCCAUCAGGAGACCGCAGCAGUGUGGGCAGUGGGGAGUCGGUGGGCAGCAGUCGCAGCGCAGGCAGCGGCCAGAGCUCAGAGAGUGGAAACAAGACCAACGGAGCAGUGCGACAUCAUGACCCGAGCAAGCUGGCGCCCCCCGGUGGAGAGUCGGCAGACCACACUCAGUCAGCUGGAGCAGAGAAACCAGAGGGAUCAGCAGGGGUCCGGGGGCAGGUGAAUGGAACCCCCAAGAAGGGCUUCCUCCGACCGGAACAGAUCCUGGAUGGAAAAGACGCCGAGGCCAUCUACCAGUGGCUCUGUGAGUUCCAGCUGGAGCAGUACACCAGCAGCUUCAUCGACGCGGGCUACGACGUGCCCACCAUCAGCCGCAUGACCCCCGAGGACCUGACGGCCAUUGGAGUGACUAAACCAGGCCAUCGCAAGAAGAUCUCCCUUGAAAUCAGCAAACUCAGCAUCCCUGAGUGGCUGCCGGACUACACCCCGUCUGACCUGGGCGAGUGGCUGAGUGUGAUCGGUUUGCCUCAGUACCAGAGGAGACUGUGUGAGAACGGAUACGACUCCAUCAGCAUCGUCAAAGACAUCACAUGGGAGGACCUCCAGGAGAUCGGCUUCACCAAACUCGGUCACCAGAAGAAGUUAAUGUUGGCCGUGAAGCGCCUGUGUGACCUGCAGCGCGCCCGUGCUCUCGCUGAGGCUGCGGGGGGGACCCUCCGCCGGAAACCCCCUGCAGCUCUGGAGCUGGUGGCCAUCGAGCACGGGCCCCAAUCCCACCCCCACACUAACCCCCCCUGCGACGAGCCCUGCCCGUCCCCGCGCUCGCCCCGCACUCUCACCUCAUUCCAGGACAGUGAGCUGAGCGCUGAGCUGCAAACUGCCAUGAAGGGCGGCAACAACGGGGGCGGGGCUUCUGAGGCCUUCGCCAUAAGGGGAGUGGCCUCUUCCUCUUCCAAGUCCGUGAGCGAAGAGAGUAUUGGCAUGCGCUCGCGAGGUUCCGGGAACUCUGCUAACUCUGCUAACUCUUGCCAAGACGUCCACGAGAACAUGAACAGACUUCAUGAAGUUUCCAACAGAGCUUUUUCCGACAUGACGCCGCCUGUCACUCCCGGUAAAACGCAGCGUUUAGCAUACCCCGCCGUGCCGCCCAAAGCCAAACACAACCUCCACCCGCCUCCAUCACCGUCCUCUCCCACACCAAUCCACAAGAACUUUAGCUUCAUCCCUGGUCAUGUCCUUUCGCGAAAUUUACCCGGAGCUGUUCCAAUUCUUUGUCCGCAACCGUCGGGAAGCAGUCAAAAGAAGCGCGCGCAAAGCCUGACUCGCUACGCCAUGUCCGACGGAGAACCGGAGGAGGACGAUGACGAGAUUGCUCAGAGAAACACAGCCUCAUCCGCCGUCUUGCCCUCGUAUGCCACUCUGUCCAGACGAACCGCUAAGGCAAUAUACAACGGGGUGUCUCACGUCAGCAGGAGUCAGUCUUUCGCCGUACGAGGGAAGCGCAAAGGACCGCCGCCACCACCGCCAAAGAGAUUGAGCUCGGUUACCGGAAUGUCCGCUCUCGCAAACGGGGCUGAGGAGGCAACAGAGGCAGGCGUGGAAACGGAAAGCGUCGGUAGCGUACGAAGCAUCGCGGCGAGAUUGGAAAGCGAGAGUGGAAGUCCGUCGAGAAGACAGGAUUUAUCUCCCACGCAAGUUUUAUCGACACAGCAAGUGUUCCAGUUCCCGGCAAGCAAACCAGUCCCUGUGCUCGGAGUAAGGGGACUGAGGAGAACUGGGAGCGAAAAGGUGGAAAGCAGUUUGAACGGGUUGUACGAACAAAAGUCGGAAAGACAAUCCAAGAGUGAGUCGCCAAAAAGAGGCUCAGGUGGCCAUCUUCCGUUUGCAGAGGAAGGGAAUUUGACGAUCAAGCAGCGACCGAGGGCAAACGUUCCUCCUUCUUCACCCGGGCCUCUGCAAACACCGACCAGUAUAGAGUUCAACCUCAAAGAAUCCGACACUGUGAAGAGAAGGCACAGACGAAAAGACCAAAGAGACUCGGCGGAUGAGGCGUUGAUGCAAAAUCACGAGCACAGAAACUGUUUACGUGAUGUUCAAAAUGGAGUAGAGCUUCCGAGCGAUGAUGAAUCCCAAAGACAUGUCGGAGUUUUCCAAAGAGUUGGCUCGGUGGGAAAGGGCCCAAAGCCACCAGUGUCAGCCAAACCUCUGGGUCCCAGGAAGAGCUCGUUCAGCAGUAGCAGCAAGCCAAAUACUCCGCAGAAAGCAGCCGCGAUGGUUCCAGUGGGAGCACACACUGCCAUUCCCAGGCUGACCAGUGUGCAGAUCCACACCGUGUCCACAGGGGGGCAUCAGAGCAGUCCCAAAGUCGUGGUGGUCAGGCCGGACCAAGCCAACACGCAGAAGCUCCAUCGGAUUCUGCAGUCGACAGGAACUCAAGGUCCUCACAUCAGCGUGGUCCAGAGCGUAGCGUUCGCCAGCCCUGACCCUCCUCCUCCGUACCCCAGUGCGGUGAGGUCGUGUCAUACUUACAGAGCCCGGACCCCGGAGCCCCCCACCCCUGUGGCCUGUCUGGAGGUACUGGCUCAGAAACGCCUGGAGGAGACCAGCACGUCUCUGGAGGCUGCGCUCAAGGUGGUGGAGAACAAACUGGCCCAGGGCAGUAAUGCAGAGAGUGGAGGCAGCACGGUGAAAGCGGCUGGCAACAUCCUGGACGACAUCGGCAACAUGUUUGAUGACUUGGCUGACCAGCUGGACGCCAUGUUGGAAUAA